GAAGCAGUUUCUGCUGUACUCCAGAUCAUGCCAGAUGUUCAGCGCUCGACGUGAUAUCCUGUGUUUCUCAAUUGAUGCAAAGAACGUGGGCCCCGUUCUGACUGUCAGCUGCAGAACAACUGGACCCCCCCUGCAGCUUCUUGACACUUCUUGGUGCAAUUCCUCUGAUAGGACAAGCACAGUUCUCGGUGCCUCCUCCCUUCAUCUCAGAGAUGUCAGGCGGCUCCUGCGCGAGCUGCUUCAGAGGAUGCGGCAGAACCUCGAACGAGGGGAGCCCUGCCACGCGGAGCUGCCGGAGGGCGGCGGCUUCCGCAGCGCGCAAGAGCUGCGACGAUGCCUGGCGGAUGCAGUGGCGAAUGGGGAAGAGGAUCCGUUCCUGAAGCCCCUCUUCGCCCUGUACGAGGAGCUCGCUGACCUGGGCCACUCGCGCGAGGUCUCCGGACGAUGCGCGGCGUCCGCUCCGCCGCUGGCGUGCGACGAGCACGGCUGACCCGACAGUGGUUGCUCUCAGCCCGUCCUGAGUUCGUCCUUCCCUUUUUUCCCCGCGCCGCGGGGGACGUGAGCGUCAUCAGGACGAAGAUGAAUUCGACGAUCUGCAUCAGGGAUCGUCGAUCCGGUCCUUCGAUCUGCGAUCUGCGCUGAUCCGCCGUCGGAACUCGUGAUUUCACACGGAAUGGGAGAGGGGGCAAAGAGUCGAAGAGGUGAAGAACGGCGACAGAGAUCUUCGAGGGCGAAGAACGGUGCGAAAACGACACGGCGACAGUGGGGGGGUCCUGUGUGAGGGGUGUGGAAUCGAUUUGCCAUGUGGAUUCAUGGUCUCAGUCUCUGGCGCCUGCGG